UAAAUGUACCAACAGUGACACUGUCAUCACACCUCCUGAUCUUCUUGGUACAAAUCAGAUGAGCUUCCUUAAUUUGGUCUGUAGCUCGGUGUACUCCUAACUGGUGAUCAUGUCUUUUUUGGACACUCUGCGCGAGUGGGACAAUGCUGCAACUUUGGCCGACAAAAACAAUUUCUCAGAAGCACUCAGGAUCUUCUUGUCUAUCGAAGAGCCAAACUCCAAAAUUUACUUUAACAUCGGCUGUCUCCAUCUCCUUAACCAAGACCUGGAUGAUGCAGAAAAGGCAUUUGAUAGCAGCAUACACAAGGAUGAGCACCUGGCUGUUGCUUUCUUUCAAAGAGGAAUCACUUUAUACAGAAAGGACAGGUACAAGGAGUGUUUAGGCGACUUCCAGCAGGCCCUCCAGGCUCUAAGAGGCAACCAGCUGAUAGAUUACAAAGCACUUGGUCUCAGAUACAAAUUAUAUGCAUGUGACGUUCUCUACAAUUCUGCCCUGGCUGAGGCUCAGCUGGGUCACUGGAAAAAAGCCCAUGAAAACCUUGUGGAGGCUCUCAACUACAAAACAGAGACCAAGCUCAAUAUGAUUGACAAAGCUCUGAACGCCACCCUGAAAGAGCAACUUUUCAAACCAGUUUACUUCCCAACAAAUGUGCUAUUUAAACCAAAUAAACAGUACGUUUCUCAGUUGGAGGAGAAGGACUACCUGGGCAAAGCGAAGGUUGUUGCCUCACUCAUUCCUCAGGAUGACUUCUCUGGAUUUGCCCCCUUACAGCCACAGGCGACCAUGUCUUUUGUGGACACUCUGCGCGAGUGGGACAACGCUGCAACUUGUGCCGACAGAAAAGAUUUCUCAGAAGCACUCAGGAUCUUCUUGUCUAUCAAAGAGCCAAAUUCCAAAAUUUACUAUGACAUCGGCUGUCUCCAUCUCCUUAACCAAGACCUGGAUGAUGCAGAAAAGGCAUUUGAUAGCAGUAUACGUAAAGAUGAGCACCUGGCUGUUGCUUUCUUUCAAAGAGGAAUCACUUUUUACAGAAAGGACAGGUACGAGGAGUGUUUAGGUGACUUCCGGCAGGCCUUCAAGGCUCUAAGAGGCAACCAGAUGAUAGAUUACAAAGCACUUGGUCUCAGAUACAAAUUACAUGCAUGUGACGUUCUCCACAAUAUUGCCCUGGCUGAGGCCCAGCUUGGUCACUGGGAAAAAGCUCAUGAAAACCUUGUGAAGUCUCUCAACUACAAAACAGAGACCAAGCUCAAUAUGAUUGAUAAAGCUCUGGAGUCCACUCUGAAACAUAAACUUUUCAAACCAGUUGAGUUCCCAACCAUUGUGCUAUUUAAACCAAAUAAGCACUAUGUUGCUCAAUUGGAGGAGAAGGACUACCUGGGCAAAGCAAAGGUUGUUGCCUCGGUUAUUCCUCAGGAUGAAUUCUCUGGAUUUGCCCCAUUACAGCCACAGGUUGAAGGUGGUCCCACUGAUGGUCCAAAAGAACCAGAGGUUCUGAGGGCUUUGGAAGGGGACCCUCACACUGUCCUGUUUGAGUUUGUUCCUGAGACCAGUGAUGAGUUGGCUGUAGUGCCGGGCAACAUCGUGUUCGUACUGCAGAAGGGUGAUGACAACUGGGCGUCUGUGCUCUUCAACGAAAGAAGAGGACUUGUUCCUUAUAAUUACCUGGAACGUAUGGAAAUUUCUUUGGCUUCUAAAAAGAAUGAGAGUGGACAGGGACAGGGAGUAUCUGCACCACCAAGUCGACAACCACCAACCAGACCUGAAAGGAAACAAGUGCAGCCUACUGACAAUUCAUACAUUGUCAAAGUCCGUUACACAUUCAACUUUGCAGUCUGUGUAGCACCUGGGUGUCCCUAUGACAUACUGAUUGGGAAAAUCAGUAAGAAACUGAACUUCUGUUCUGCUUCGAUCACCCUGAGUUUAACCUCCGAGGCAACUGAGCAAAAUGUAAUCAAUGCCAACACAGAAAUGGAAAGUGUGUGGAGGCGUGCCAAAGCUAGGCACAUCACAUUGUGGUGUAACACCAAGGAUCAAACUGAUGGAGAACAACAGAACCAGAUUCAGUUUGUGGCACUUCAUACCUACGAGUCAUCAAAUCCAGAGGAUCUCAAUUUUCAGCAGGGGGACACAAUCACACUCCUCUCCAGAAUCAACCAGGACUGGUUGGAAGGACAGUGUAAUGGGAACACUGGUAUAUUUCCUGCACCCUUUGUGGAAGAACUCCCUGUGAACGGCCACUGAUCGAUGUAAAUGCUGAAAGUUACUAAAACCUGUAUACAGUCACAUAUCCAAACCACAAUCUGUUAUAAUCAACCAGAUUGAGAUUUUAGAUUCACAUACUCUGAGUAAUGCCAUAAUAAAAACUAAGGACAUCAGGUAUUGAUCUUUUUUGUGAAAACAUUUAAUAAUUUCUUAAAGUUUCCAGUAAUUACAAGCAAUAUACAUUUAUUAUGUGUUAACAGCAGGUAGCCAUGAUUAAAUAAUAUGUUGAAGA